AUGAGCCCGGAAAAAACACGGAUUCACAAAAUCAACUUUAAACGCCUUUCGGCAUUUUCUAAAACGACACUAUUGUUGUUUAGAUGUACUGAUUCACGGCGGUUCCCUCUGUGUCUGUAUUAUUCUUUUUUUGUAGGUGGAGGUGCACCGUAUGCCGAUUCUGGAAGGAGAAGGUCCAGAGUUGGGGCUCCCUACGACGGGUGUGCCCAUCUAUGGAUUCGGCUGCUGUGUUUGUGCCUUUUGCAGGUUGAUAGUGUGUGCAACGUUGCAAUAUUCCGCAGAAAAUUGAUUGCUUGUAUGCAGUCGAUCAUGGACACAUAUCACCUUAAUGUUAAAUAUGUCUCGCUGAAGCUUGUAUUUGGGACAAGUACUACGGCAUGCCUUUUGCGAAUUACUAAUGCCAUUCCGCCGCAGGCUCUUUCAGGUUUGAGAUGUGCUACCUGAAGCGAAACACAAAUAGGUUUGUGCGCUUGGAUUAGAAGUUUUACCUACUUCAUUCAGAUUGUGUAGUAAUCUUCGACAAUUCCACUGGAUUGUUUUCAGUUUGAAUUUGUUUAUAGAUAAAUGUAUAAAUGAUUAGAAAUUAGA